AUGUCUUCUAAUACCGAUGGCCUGCCUCCCUACCAGGAGAAGCCUUCUUCUACUCAAGAAACGAUAGCUCCUAGUGCUCAGCCCAGCCGCCUCCCUUACCCCAGCCGCCUUGGUGGUAGCAUCCAAACGUGCUCAAUAAGCGAUGGCUAUAUCGACCAUUUCUCUAUCACUCGUGUUUCUGAUUCAACCUACCAUCUAUCUCUUACGGUAGACCCUACACCCAUUUAUCGUAUCGAACUCAUCCUUGGGCCUACCAAAGUGGGCAACAUCCAAAUUUUCUCUGCGUCUGAUACCACGCUCCCUGCUCUUGCUGUAGCAGCACGCGCAUCAAGUGAUCGGAAAGGCAAGAAAGUGCCUGUGGCCACGAUAUGCACUUCCUCACCCACUGAGCCUGACGCGCACUGGCGUCCCGUCUUUUGCACAAGUAGCGGCUGUGCAUGCCACGACUAUAGCAGCGAGAUACCAGUCGUCAAGGUGCCUGGUCGAGCUGCCAAACCUCAAGCUUUCAAAUGGGUUGUCUGGGACGACGAACCUGCGCGGCUGUGGUGGCAAGGUCCACUCCCCUUCCAACCAAAUCCGCUGCAUAGAUCGGCUCCAACAUCGAUGCCCUUUCUCUUUGCGGCAGUAACAGUUGAGCCCGGUGAUGGGGAGACUUUGGUGCAAAUCCGGAGGGGAGCAGGCAUUGAUUUUGAGUUGAGAGUAAUUCUGGAGACGUUUCUCUUUUCAAACCUGAGCACGAAAGUGAAGUCGGCCUGA